AAGUGCGCCGCCCGUGGCAGCACAGGUACCGGAUAAGGACUCUGCACACCCCCAAUUUUGUGUAUGUGGUCGGAGGAAGGGCCCGGGUCCUCUGUACCUCUCCAAGCAAGGUGCUGGCCACGGUUCAACUCUGGCGAGCUGCUCGGAAGUCCCUGACAAGAAGGUGCCAACCGCGGGGGGUCGAGCUCGUACCCGCCCCACCCAGGCUGCGGCGGCGUGGGGAGGAAGCGCACCCAGGCCGAGUGCAAAAGUUUCCUUUUCUGCUUUCCAGUUAGAGAAGCUUCAACCAACCGAGGGUGGGGAUGUCUGACUUCAACUGGAAGAGAACCCGGGAGCCAAAGGGGUUAAAAUAAGCGAAUUACCGGGAAAACAAACAAAAAACUCCCCACCACUAGCCAUGGGCAGCCGAGAUCACCUGUUUAAAGUGCUGGUGGUGGGGGACGCCGCGGUGGGUAAGACGUCACUGGUCCAGCGCUACUCCCAGGACAGCUUCAGCAAGCACUACAAGUCUACCGUGGGAGUGGAUUUUGCUCUGAAGGUUCUCCAGUGGUCCGACUCAGAAAUGGUGCGGCUCCAGCUGUGGGAUAUUGCAGGGCAGGAGCGUUUCACAUCCAUGACACGACUCUACUACCGAGAUGCUUCUGCCUGUGUCAUCAUGUUUGAUGUCACCAAUGCCACUACUUUCAGCAACAGCCAACGAUGGAAACAGGAUCUGGACAGCAAGCUCACACUGCCCAGCGGGGAGCCAGUGCCCUGCUUGCUCUUGGCUAACAAGAGUGAUCUGUCCCCUUGGGCAGUGAGCCGGGACCAGAUUGACCGGUUCAGCAAAGAGAACGGUUUUACAGGCUGGACAGAAACAUCAGUCAAGGAGAACAAAAAUAUCAAUGAGGCCAUGAGAGUCCUCGUGGAAAAGAUGAUGAACAAUUCUAGAGAAGAUAUAAUGUCUUCGUCCACCCAAGGGAACUACAUCAAUCUCCAGACCAAACCCUCCCCAGGCUGGACAUGCUGCUAGCUCGCCUUCCUCUCCAGGUCUCUCAGCCAUUCCAUCUCCUCCUGUUGGCUGCUCACCUGGCCUAAAAAUUCUGUUGAGAGUAUUUGACCUGUUUCUUGCCAACUGCCUAGAAAGGAACCCCACUGUGACUUGGGAAUGACUGCCUGGAACCCAGAUGCAUUUGUUGUUCCCGAAUGUUGUCUGUGACUUGCUGACAGCCCGUGUCCUCUAGUCAGUGUUUCCUGUAUGACAAUGAUCACCUCAUUCUUCCACUGUCAGAUGAGUUUCUGGGAAGGAAUAAAAAUUAGCACUUGUGCACUGUGUUUGGUGAUGCCGGGGAUUAGCCUCAGAGCCUUGUUCUCACUAGGUAAGCACCCACCCCACGUCACACCAUGCAGGUGACAUACAAAGCAUACAAAGUAAAUAAGUAAAUAUAUAAAAAGUAGAAAUAAAGUAAUUAUAAAGA